AUGUUGAUCGGAACUAGUGGGGAUGACAGAGCACCUUUCAAACCAGUGUUUGAGUCAUUGCCAUAUGAAAUCCAUAAUGGUAUCAUUAAUAAGCUUCUGCAACAAGAUAGUUCAAAUUUAAUGAGGGUCAAUCGCAAAAUGUACUUAUUGGUCCUUCCCAGAUUAUAUCAGCAUAUAAUUGUUGAUAGCGAUAUAACCCAUUUCAGCAAAGAGAUUUCCUAUCUGCAUUCCCGAUACGAUAGGGAAUUCAGGAGUUGGUACGAUAUAGCAUGUACUUAUAUCAAUAAUUCGUAUAAUUUCAUGAAGUUUUUGAAGAGUUAUAUAAGACUUCAUUGUAAUAAUCCAGCAAUUUCAAAUGCCCCUCACAUCAAGAUAUUGACGGUUAAAAAGUUACCUGAAUCUAUAAAUACUUAUGAACAUGAGUUUAAGUAUACUAUAAGGAAAUUUUUCUGCAUGAUCACCAAUUUGCAAGAGUUAACUUGGCUGAAUCGGAAUUUUAGAUUUGAAUUUCUAAAUUGUUUGGAGAAUCCACAAAAUUUGAUGGUAUUAAGCCUUAAUAUAAGGUUUACUGAUUAUCUAUAUGAGUUAUUGAACUAUGAUUCAAAUAAAAUAUCACAAUUAAAGUUCAAUCUAACAAAAUUAACAAAAUUUGAAAUUAAACCAUUUAUCAACUCCAAAACGCUAUCUAAGAUAUUGAAUGAUUUAAUAGGAGGUGGUGACCAUGAUAUGUUAGGCCCACAGUUGAGGUCGUUAAGUUUGUCACGUACUGAAACUUAUAAGGGAGAGACCAAUAUAAUAGCGAAUGAGUUGGUUAAUAACGGAGGGACCAUGUUCCCUGAAUUUGAUCUUUCAGUGAUCCCUACAAUUUGCUCCAGUAAUUUGAGGAAGAUGCCAAAUUUAACCAGCUUAUCCUUGAAUGACUGUAUUAUUCAACCACAAGAUGCAGAUGAGUUGAUUAAGACUGCUAAUUUGAGAUCUUUAAGAACACUAAAAUUGUCAAAUAUGAGUGAGUUUCAGACAUUGCCCAUCACAUCGGCAUCAAUAAGUGAAAACCUAUUACCAAGUUUCUUAAAUCAGUUAUCCAGUCAUUUAACUAAUUUAAAAUAUCUUCGUCUUGACUUUCGUCAAGCAUUCACUGAUACCGUACCAAUUUUUUUAAAAGAUUUAGCAUCACUUGAGUCCUUGGACCUCACUAUACGCCAUAAUAACACAUUUGAUACGAAUUAUAAUGACUAUAGUAAAGGUAUAACCUCAUGGAAUAAAACAGAAACUUUGAAACAUCUUUCUAUUGAAAUCAAACAAGAAACUCUAAUGUUUGAUGUUGAUUUACAAAUGAAGGAGGCUUCAUUCUAUAACCAUCUUGUCAAAUGCCAAAACUUAGAAACAUUAAGAAUUGCACCUGAUGAAUCAAGAUUAAUUAAUUUAUUAAAGAACGGUAAUUUGCCAAAAUUAAAUAAACUAGAUAUAAUUAGUGCCAACUGCUUGGGUUUAGUAAACCCUGAAAUAUAUCAGGCAUUACUAGAGUUCGAGCAAAAAGUCUUGGUGUAUGCUCAAGCUUCUGGUGACGAACUACAGUAUAUUUGCAUAAAUGGCAAACUAUUCGAAUUACAAAGCCUAGACAAAGGUCCAGUUGUCAACCCUAGAGAAGAUAUAAGUGUAUGGUUUACACGGGAGGUACGGGUGUGA